GGAUGCAGUACUGCAGCACCCGCGGCGGCGUCCAUGGACGGGACUUCAGAGAUGUUCUGUUCUCUGGGUACGCUCCGGACGGAGGGAUGUUCAUGCCCGAGUCGCUCCCUGCGCUGAGUCCUGAGACCCUGCAGGGCUGGAGGGGGCUGCCGUACCCCAGGCUGGUGGUGGAGGUCUGCUCCCUCUUCAUUCCUCCUCAGCUGAUCCCCAGAGACGACCUGGAGGUGCUUGUGAGUAAAGCCCUCUCCAGUUUCUCAGUUCCUGACGCAGUGCAGAUCGCCAGGCUGAAAGACGGGCUGUCGGUUCUGGAGCUUUUCCACGGAGAAACCUUUGCCUUCAAAGACCUGGCCAUGAGCUGCACCGUCCAAUUCCUCAACUACUUCCUGCAGAAGGAAGGCAGCAGAGCCGUGGUUCUGGUUGGAACAUCAGGAGACACCGGCGGCUCGGCCAUCCACAGCGCUAAAGCUCUUCCUGGUCUGGAUGUUCUGGUGGUCUACCCUCAGGGUCGGAUCACUGCGGUCCAGGAGAAGCACAUGACCACCUGCCUGGAGGAAAACAUCCACGUGUUUGCAGCCGACGGCAGCUCAGACGACAUCGAUCAGCCUCUGCGCCGUCUGUUCGCCGACCAGGACCUGGUCAGAACCCACGGCCUCAUGAGCCUCAACUCUGUCAACUGGUCCAGAGUCAUGGUCCAGAUCGCCCACUUCUUCUACGCCUACCUGGAGCUCAGCGGCCUGGAGAAGACGGACAGAGAGCUGCCGGAGCUGGAGGUGGUGGUUCCCACCGGAGGAGCUGGAAACAUCACAGCUGCCUACAUCGCCAUCCAGAUGGGCUUGCCUCUGAAGCUGGUUGCCAUGGUGAACUCUAAUGACAUCGUGCACAGGAUGGUGACCAGCGGUGAUUUCUCCAUGGCGCCAAGCGUCACUCAGACUCUGGCUCCGGCCAUAGAUAUACAGGAUCCGUACAACAUGGAGCGGAUCUUCUGGCUCCUCCUGGGCAGAGACGGAGCUUCAGUGAAAACCAUGAUGGAGGAUUUCCAACGUUCCCGUCGACACGCUCUGCCAGAAAACCACCGCAAACUGCUGUCCGAGGUUCUGGUGACCGACAGCGUGAGCGAUGAGGGAAUCCUGGAGACCAUGAGGAGGUGCUGGGAGGAGAACCAGUACGUGUUGUGUCCUCACACAGCUGUGGCCGUCUGGCAUCACUACCACUGUCCUCACCAACCCGGCACCAACAGAUGCUACGUUGCUACAGCAUCUCCCGCCAAGUUUCAAGCAGCGGUGGACAAAGCAGGCCUUCCCUAUGACCCCCCUGAAGCUGUGCUGGCUCUGGCCCAGUUACCCACUCGGUACCAGAUCCUGGAGAGGAGCCCAGACUGGUGCAAGCACUGGGAGGAACGACUGAGAGAGCGGAUCCAGUCAGUGAGCAGAACCAGAAAGGAGGGGAGAGCGUUUUACGCUUAGAGUCCAUAAAAGCAGCUUUUAUAGACGUCUACUUGUCUCUUGGAUGGACUCUGCCCUGAACAGACAUGUAACCUGUCCCAGCGAAUGAACUCACCUGAUCAGCAAGCAUUCUAAUCUAAACUAAUCUUAAAGCAUGAAGGAAACUAAAUCCAGAAGGUCAAAGUUUUGCAAUGUUAAACAUUCUGUAUCGUAGAAUAAAAUCAACUCAUUUCACUGCAGGAAACAUUCAUUCUCCAUGAAGGACAUUAGAAGUUAUUU